AUGCUCGGGCCCCGGCUGCUGCUGCUUCUCUCCUGCGGGGGUGCCCUGCUCAGCGCCGGCCUGGACGACAGCUCCUUGGUGCCCCCAGGCCUCCGGAGGCUGAAGGACUCCCCGCAGACAGCUCCAGACAGGGGCUGGUGCUCCACGUGGGGGCCCGGCCAUUUCGCCACCUUCGAUGGCCACACUUACGACUUCUCGGGGACCUGCAACUACAUCUUUGCGGCCAUGUGCAAGGAUGCCUCGUCCACCUUCAGCGUGCAGCUACGGCGAGGGCCGAGCGGGAACAUCUCCCGGGUCAUCGUGGAGCUGGGGGCCUCUGUGGUCACCAUGCAGAAGGCGGCCAUCUCCGUCAAGGACGUGGGGGUCGUCAGCCUGCCCUACACCAGCAACGGGCUCCAGAUCACACCCUUCGGCCAGAGCGUGCGGCUGGUGGCCAAGCAGCUGGAGCUGGAACCGGUGGUCAUGUGGGGUCCGGGCGCCCACCUCAUGGUCCUGGUGGAGAAGAAACACAUGGGCAAGAUGUGUGGGCUGUGUGGGAACUACGACGGCGAGAAGGCCAAUGAGUUUCUGAGCGAGGACGGCCAACUCCUGGAACCCCCUAAGUACGCUGCCCUCCAGAAGCUGGAUGACCCCAACGAGAUCUGUGCCUAUGAGGCCAUCCCCAGCCCCCGGGUCCCGCAGGCAGAGGACGCCCAGACCUGCAUCCAGUUGCUGACCCUGGUGUCCCGCGAGUGCAACGUGCCCAAGGAACCCUUCCCGCUGAGCUGCCAGGCGGACAUGGCCAUGUGUGCCCAGCCUGGCCGGCACCACUGCAGCUGUGCCACGCUAUCCGAGUACUCGCGCCAGUGCAGCAUGGCCGGCCAGCCCGUCAACAGCUGGCGGGGCCCUGGCCUCUGUCCUGUGGGCCAGUGCCCAGCCAACCAGGUGUACCGGGAGUGCGGCGAGACCUGCGUGCGGACCUGCUCCAAUCCACGGCACAGCUGCUCCAGCUUCUGCACCUUCGGCUGCGUCUGCCCGGAAGGUAUGGUUCUGGACGACAUCUCCAAAAACCACAGCUGCGUGCCCGUCCCCCAGUGCCCCUGCGUGCUCAGUGGGGUGGCCUUCGCCCCUGGGGAGGUCACGACAGCCGCCUGCCAGACCUGCCGGUGCUCGGGGGGUCGCUGGGAGUGCGUGGAGCAGCCCUGCCCCAGGCGCUGUGCCCUGGAGGGCGGCUCCUUCGUCACCACAUUCGACGCCAGGCCCUACCGCUUCCACGGCACCUGCACCUACAUCCUCCUCCAGAGCCCCCAGCUCCCCGACGGGGGCUCGCUCAUGGCCGUGUACGACAAGUCUGGGUACUCGCACUCGGAGACAUCGCUGGUCGCUGUCAUCUAUGUGUCCAGCCAGGACAAAAUUGUGAUUUCUCAGGACGAGGUGAUCACCAACAACGGGGAAACCAAGCGGCUGCCGUAUGAGACUCGCAACAUCACGAUCUUCAGGCAGACAUCCACCCACAUGCAAAUGGUCACCACCUUCGGGCUGGAGCUCGUGAUCCAGCUGUGGCCGUUGUUCCAGGUGUACAUCACUGUCGGGCCCCAGUUCAGAGGCCAGACCAGAGGGCUCUGUGGCAACUUCAACGGGGACACGACGGACGACUUCAUGACCAGCAUGGGCAUCGCCGAGGGUACCGCCUCGCUCUUCGUGGACUCCUGGCGGGCAGGGAACUGCCCAGCCGCACGCGAGCGUGAGAUCGACCCCUGCUCCAUGAGCCAGCUCAACAAGGUGUGCGCAGAGACCCACUGCGCAGUGCUGGUGAGGAAGGGCACAGUGUUCGAGAAGUGCCAUGCCGCCGUGGACCCCAAGCCCUUCUACAAGAGGUGCGUGUACCAGGCCUGCAACUACGAGGAGACCUUCCCGCACAUCUGCGCCGCCCUGGGCGACUACGCCCUCGCGUGCACCUCACGGGGCGUCCUGCUCCAGGGCUGGAGGAGCAGCGUGGACAACUGCAGCACCCCUUGCACAGGCAACCAGACGUUCAGCUACAACAGCCAGGCCUGUGACCGCACGUGCCUGUCUCUGUCCAACCGCGAGGUCGAGUGCCACCCCAGCGCCGUGCCCGUGGACGGCUGCAACUGCCCCGAGGGCACCUACCUGAACCACAAGACUGAGUGUGUGCGUGAGGCCCAGUGUCCCUGCCUCCUGGACAGCUCCAAGUUCAUCCUGGCCGGCCAGUCCACCAUGGUCAAUGGCGUCAUCUGCCACUGCGUCAACGGGCGGCUGAGCUGCCCGGCACAGCCUCAGACGGUCUUGGCAACCUGCUCGGCCCCCAAGACGUUCCAGUCCUGCAGCCAGUCCUCGGAGGACAAGUUCGGGGCAGCCUGCGCUCCCACCUGUCAGAUGCUAGCCACCGGCACCCCCUGUGUGCCCACCAAGUGUGAGCCUGGCUGUGUCUGUGCCAAGGGGCUCUACGAGAAUGCCAGCGGGCAGUGCGUGCCCCCCGAGGAGUGCCCGUGCGAGUUUGCAGGCAUCUCCUAUCCCCAGGGCGCUGAUCUCCACACGGACUGCAAGAGCUGCAUCUGCUCUAGGGGGACGUGGACGUGCCAGCAGAGUGCCCACUGCCCAUCUACCUGCACCCUCUACGGGGAGGGCCACGUGGUCACCUUCGAUGGGCAACGCUUUGUGUUUGAUGGCAACUGCGAGUACAUCCUGGCCACAGACAGCUGCGGUGCCAGCGACUCGCAGCCCACCUUCAAGAUCCUUACAGAGAAUGUCGUGUGUGGGAAGUCGGGCGUCACCUGCUCACGGGCCAUCAAGAUCUUCCUGGGGGGCCUGUCCUUCAUGCUGGCGGAUAGGAACUACACAGUCAGGGGGGAGGACCCCGGCGUGCACUUCCGGGUCGAGGCCAGCUCCCUGCACCUAGUGCUGGACGCCACCAUCAGCAGCACGUACAACCUGACCCUCAUCUGGAACAAGCACAUGACCGUCUUCAUCAAGAUCGCCCGUGCCUCCCAGGACGCCCUCUGCGGCUUGUGCGGCAACUACAACGGGGACAUGAAGGACGACUUCCAGACACGCAGCAAGUACCUGGCGCCCAGCGAGCUAGAGUUCGUGAACUCCUGGAAGGAGAGCCCGCUGUGCGCGGACACCACCUUCACGCUGGACCCCUGCAGCCUCAACACCUUCCGUCACUCCUGGGCUGAGCGCAAGUGCAGCAUCAUCAACAGCCAGACCUUCGCCGCCUGCCACAGCCAGGUGUACCGCCUGCCUUACUAUGAGGCCUGCGUGCGCGACACGUGUGGGUGUGACACUGGCGGGGACUGCGAGUGCCUGUGUGACGCUGUGGCCGCCUACGCCAAGGCCUGCGUGGACAAGGGCGUGUGCGUGGACUGGCGGUCCCCAGACUUCUGCCCCAUCUACUGCGAUUUCUACAACACCCACACGCAGGUGGGCGGCAGCAAGUACCAGUACACCCAGGAGACCAACUGUACAUGGCACUACCAGCCGUGCCUCUGCCCCGCGUGGCCGCAGAGCUUCCCGGGGACCAACAUCGAAGGCUGCUACAACUGCUCCCAGAAUGAGUACUUCGAUCACGACAAGGGGACGUGCUUGCCAUGCAACACCCAGCCUUCCGGCCACGCCAACGGCCACAGCCACAGCCGCCACCACCCAGACACAACCAACAGUCCCCCCAGGAGAAUCGCCUCAAACCACCUCCACCGUCACCACAUGGGCCACAUCAGCGCCAGCCACCACGGCCACUCGAAGGCCAACAGCCACGGCACCCACCGUGACCCGGGCCACAACGCAGCCCACAGGAUCCUCCCACGACACAGUCACGCGGUCCACAGCUCGGUCCACGGCGCGAACCACAGCAGCCCUGCCAACAUCACGGACCCCCACAGUGUCCCCCGCAAAAACAGAGCUUACACCCACAGCCCUGCCACUGACCAAGACCACAACAGGGACUGCCACACCCACAGCCUGGCCACUGACAAAAACCACAACAGGGACCGCCAAACCCACAGCCCCGCCACUGACAAAGACCACAACAGGGACCGCCACACCCACAACCCUGCCACUGACAAAGAGCACAACAGACACUGCCACAACCACAGCCCCGCCACUGACAAAGACCACAACAGAGACCACCACACCCACAGCCCCGCCACGGACAAAGACCACAAUAGGGACCACCACACCCAGAACCCCACCACGGACAAAGACCACAACAGAGACCGCCACACCCACAGCCCCGCCACGGACAAAGACCACAAUAGGGACCACCACACCCAGAACCCCACCACUGACAAAGACCACAACAGGGACCGCCACACCCACAGCCACACCACUGACAAAGACCACAACAGAGACUACCGCACCCACAGCCCGGCCACUGACCAAGACCACAACAGGGACCGCCACACCCACAGCCACACCACUGACAAAGACCACAACAGAGACUACCGCACCCACAGCCCGGCCACUGACCAAGACCACAACAGGGACCGCCACACCCACAGCCACACCACUGACAAAGACCACAACAGAGACUACCGCACCCACAGCCCGGCCACUGACCAAGACCACAACAGGGACCGCCACACCCACAGCCCCACCACUGACAGAGACCACAACAGGGACCGCCACACCCAGAACCCCGCCACUGACAAAGACCACGACAGGGGCCACGCAAGCCCAGAACUCGCCAACUGGCCCCCCACCCAUAUCAACACACAUCCCUGUCACAGAAACAGAGCCUACACCCACAGCCCUGCCACUGACAAAGACCACAAUAGGAACCACCACACCCACAGCCCCGCCACUGACAAAGACCACAACAGGGACCACCACACCCCCAGCCACACCACUGACAAAGACCACAACAGGAACCGCCACACCCACAGCCCCGCCGCUGACAAAGACCACAACAGGGACCUCCACACCCAGAACCCCGCCACUGACAAAGGCCACAAGAGGGACCGCCACACCCACAGCCCCACCACUGACAAAGACCACAACAGGAACCACCACACCCAGAACCCCGCCACUGACAAAGACCACAAGAGGGACCACCACACCCACAGCCCUGCCACUGACAAAGACCACAACAGGGACCCCCACACCCAGAACCCCGCCACUGACAAAGACCACAACAGGGACCUCCACACCCAGAACCCCGCCACUGACAAAGACCACAAGAGGGACCGCCACACCCACAGCCACACCACUGACAAAGACCACAACAGGAACCACCAUACCCAGAACCCCGCCACUGACAAAGACCACAAGAGGGACCACCACACCCACAGCCCUGCCACUGACAAAGACCACAACAGGGACCACCACACCCAGAACCCCGCCACUGACAAAGACCACGACAGGGGCCACGCAAGCCCAGAACUCGCCAACUGGCACCCCACCCAUAUCAACACACAUCCCUGUCACAGAAACAGAGCCUACACCCACAGCCCUGCCACUGACAAAGACCACAAUAGGAACCACCACACCCAGAACCCCGCCACUGACAAAGACCACAACAGGGACCACCACACCCCCAGCCACACCACUGACAAAGACCACAACAGGAACCGCCACACCCACAGCCCCGCCGCUGACAAAGACCACAACAGGGACCUCCACACCCAGAACCCCGCCACUGACAAAGACCACAAGAGGGACCGCCACACCCACAGCCCCACCACUGACAAAGACCACAACAGGAACCACCACACCCAGAACCCCGCCACUGACAAAGACCACAAGAGGGACCACCACACCCACAGCCCCGCCACUGACAAAGACCACAACAGAGACCAACACACCCACAGCCACACCACUGACAAAGACCACAACAGGGACCACCACACCCACAGCCCCGCCACUGACAAAGACCACAACAGGGACCACCACACCCCCAGCCACACCACUGACAAAGACCACAACAGGGACCGCCAAACCCACAGCCCCGCCACUGACAAAGACCACAACAGGAACCGCCACACCCACAGCCCUGCCGCUGACAAAGACCACAACAGGGACCUCCACACCCAGAACCCCGCCACUGACAAAGACCACAACAGGAACCGCCACACCCACAGCCCUGCCGCUGACAAAGACCACAACAGGGACCUCCACACCCAGAACCCCGCCACUGACAAAGACCACAAGAGGGACCGCCACACCCACAGACAGACCACUGACAAAGACCACAACAGAGACUACCGCACCCACAGCCCGGCCACUGACCAAGACCUCAACAGGGACCACCGCACCCACAGCCCCACCACUGACAGAGACCACAACAGGGACCACCACACCCAGAACCCCGCCACUGACAAAGACCACGACAGGGGCCACACAAGCCCAGAACUUGGUCAGCACAGCCGCAACCUCCACUGUCCCGGUAUCACACUCUACUUCAAAUGCCCUCCAUCCAACUGGCACCCCACCCAUAUCAACACACAUCCCUGUCACAGAAACAGAGCCUACACCCACAGCCCUGCCACUGACAAAGACCACAACAGGAACCACCACACCCAGAACCCCGCCACUGACAAAGACCACAAGAGGGACCGCCGCACCCACAGCCCCGCCACUGACAAAGACCACAACAGGGACCACCACACCCCCAGCCACACCACUGACAAAGACCACAACAGGAACCGCCACACCCACAGCCCCGCCGCUGACAAAGACCACAACAGGGACCUCCACACCCAGAACCCCGCCACUGACAAAGGCCACAAGAGGGACCGCCACACCCACAGCCCCACCACUGACAAAGACCACAACAGGGACCACCCGAGCCCAGAACUCAGUCAGCACACCACCAUCGUGUCUGUCAGGCCCUCCCUCUCACCCCCAUCUUCUCCCACGCUGUCCCCUCUCCCCACUCCCAGUACCAUGGUCCUGUCUACAUCCCGGACCACAGCCAGCAAGCCCACCUCCUCAGCUCUGUCCUCUCGGUCCACUACCUCAAAGUCCACCUCCCUCACGACCCGAGCCCCCACGCAGGGCCUCCUGUCUUCUACCCUGGGAGUGACAGCCAUCCCAAAUUCCCCAGCCACCAACCUCACCACCAGACAGCCAAGUACCACCAGGCUGCCGGCCAGCGUAUUCCUGACCGGCUCCAUCACUGCACAUGGAAGCUCCUCCUUUCCCACUGCCAGGUCCUCUUCCACCAGGGGCCAAUCCAUCUCCUCUCUCAUCACAUCUCUACCCAGCUCUCCAGGGACCUGCAGCGUGAGGGAGUUUGAGGAAGAGGUCACUUACCAGGGGUGCACGGCCAACGUGACGGUGACCCGCUGCGAGGGCGUCUGCGCCUCCUCGGCCAGCUUCAACACUGACACCAUGCAAGUGGACACCAACUGCAGCUGCUGCCACCCCCUCAGCUCCCAUGAGAAGCAGCUCGUGCUGCCCUGCCCGGACCCCAGGGUGAGGGGACGGCGGCUGACGCUCAGGCUGCAGGUAUUCAGCAGCUGCACGUGCCGCUCCCAGCGCUGCGGAGACUAG